AUGUGGGGUGCGAUUUGGUUGCUGUGUGGUUGGGUGUGUAUUGGGAAGUACUUCGCGCCGGAGUAUGCAGACCGUGCGUUUCGAACGGUGGAAGUUGGGUUCGAUGCUGAGGGGUGGUAUCAGCUCGGCCCGGCCACGCUAGCGGUUACAGGUGGUAGUGGUGGUGGACCGGUGCGGAAUGGGACGGGCGCGUACGUUGCAGCGGGCGUGGGUGCAAGCGGAGGAGUGGCUGUGGCCGAUCACUUUGUGUCGGAGCGUACGGGGGAUCGCGUGCCGCGCGAGUCUGUUGCGCACACCGAGUUUCCGGCCGCGCGUAUGGGUGCACACACGAGUCUGGGUGGACACGCUGACGUGGAUGCACAUAGUCGUGUGUGUCAGAAAGGAGUGGGUCCGUUGCAGGUGUUCGGGUCUUCAUGGGACUACCACAAGAUGAGUUACGUCUCGGCGACGGACUACGUUGUGCACGUGGAGGAGUUGCGGCGGCCACACGUAUACUGUGCGGGUGCCCGAUACAAGAAGUCAUUCUUCGUGGCCGCGAGUGGACGUGAGACGGUACGUGAUAAUUCGUGUGUUCGGGGCUGUUACUCGUUCUGCGGUGCGCGGGACUUUGAUUGUGAUCCAGUGACGUUGGCUGCACAAUCGUUUAUGGUGUACUGCCGUGUACCAAUAACCACGGUUUUUGCGGCGUCUUUGAUGGCUACGGUCUUCGCCGAGGGGCCGGUGGGCACAGUGGUGUUGCCUCGACAUGCCUUCCCACCGGGUACGGUUAAAGCGCAGAUUGUAGAUGUGCUUCUGAAAGUAUCCACUGCCGGCCCACCCGCAGAUCCCGCGUUCGAAGCCGACCGUUUCCGCUCCACCAUCCCCGACGACGUAAAUAACACCGCAAGAUAUCAGGACCUGGACGAGACCACCACUGCAACCACCGCCACCCUCACCGACCUCAUGGGCCACGGUCGUGCACCCGGCCAAGAUAAUCGUAACCGCUUCAACAGACUCCCUUCCCAGGACCGCCGCGGCUUCGCCCGUGGCACACGGUCCAUCGACAACGCCUAUACCACACCCUACGUUUUCUGGAACGACGCCAUCUCGCUCCUCCCCGCAGAUACUAGCGCCCCACAAAGUGGCACCCAACAAAGCGGCGCCCCACAAAGCGGCGCCCCACAAAGUGGCGCCACCCAAAACGUCCGGUCACGACCGGACUACUCGGGACAAACGAACGUGACGGUGGUCGGAGCGGGCCAAACCGCCUUGCGUGUGCGAGCGGCAGCCAGUCAUCACUACGGAAUGUAUGACACGAACAACUUCCGAUACGCCACGAACACGGGGUACUACGCAGACGAAGUCCGCGUUGUCGAGAUGCCAACACCCACAACCGCCGUUUUGGACGUCGGUGACACAGUACGUCGUCUCUUUGAGUCUGGUCGUCUUGAGUUUUCCUUGCUCGGCUCCAGCAACCUCCUCGCCGCUGAACCACGUUUCGUCUUCCACCUAGCCAAUGACUGGCUCUACUACGUCCCCGAUGCAACUGAUACUUGUCGCAAACAAACAUCUAUGCGCAAGUGUCUAUACCACAAGUGCAACUGGUGUGGACACGUCGCACACGCUGACGACUGGGCACUCGCCGCCUGGGCACAACAUACCGGCCUUCGCCGCCUAGGGAACUGUGGCGUUCCCGUCGACGUCUGCUAUCUCAAAAAAGGGGUACCCACCAAAGCCUUCGUCAAGUCCUGA